GUUUGUGGAGUUUUUACAAUAAUGAUAAUUGGUUUUUGAUCAAUAUGGUUUUUGAACAAUGUUCAAUGACAUUUCUUUCUUGCUACUAAGACAUAACAAAAAUAUAGAAGAAUUAGAAGUCUUGGAAAAGGUAUUUUGGUAUAAUCUGUUUUAAAGGGCUGAUUUUGACAACGUUUCCCCUUUGUUCUUGGCAAGCAGAUUCACUUUUACUGUGGCUAAUAUCUUCCUCGUAAAACAUGCGGGCUUGCUCAAGUGUUGUUUUUUAUUGUUCUUUGGAGUUUGGGCAGGGCUAUCCUUGGGCUUGUAUUUUAAUUCAGAUAUUGGGAUGAAGAAGAAAAGGGGUCAUGGCCUGGUGGUGAGGGCUGGGAAGGCUGCCCUUUGUCAAACUAAGAGGAAUAGGUCUCGGAAGUCUUUGGUUCGUACUCAUGGAUUCCGCAAAAGAAUGAGAACAACUAGUGGAAGAGCCAUCUUGAAGCGUCGACGUGCCAAGGGUCGAUGGGUCCUUUGCCCAAAGUCCUAUCCAAAUAGAGGGAAACGUGCCUAACUAUUUCUUUUAUUCAGGUACAAUUGGUAAAUGUAAUAUUAAUUGAUAUUCAGUAAAUGAUUUAGGCGAACUUGAUCACAUUCUCUUUUUUUCUGCUUCCUCUGUGCAAUUGUUUUAAUUGAAAUUCACAAUGAUUAUAUUCAACCUUUUUCUGUCCUUGUGUUCAUUAUAGCUGUUCUCACUUCUCGCUCUUAGGCAUCGACAACAAUCUAUAAAAGUAAUAAGUUAUG